CCGACUCGAGGAUGAGCCGGAGGAGGAGGAGGAGGAGGCGGGCGCGGAGGCACUUUCGCUCCGGCGCGUCUACUCGAGACACAAAGAUUUCGGGGCCGGUGGGCGGGGAAGGUGAUUGAUUAGCCUGCAAUCUGGUUGCACAGGGCUGGGCGAAGGCCCGAUAAGAGCCUUGAAUGGGGGCUGAUGUCACCGUGAUGUCAAGCUCGUAGCUUCCCGGAGCCGAGAGCGAGGGAGCGCCGAGCGAGGGAAGAAAGAGCCUCUCCGCGCCCUGCUCGCCCCUCCGCGCCCACCCGCGCCCAGCGCGGCUGCUCUGCCACGGCACGCCCCCUGCCUGCCUGCCUGCUUGCCAGAGCCUCGACUUUCGGAUCCGGAUUGUGAAAGGCACCAGGUGGUGGCGGCCGGACUGUAGCCGCCUCGGAGUCCCGGGCGCCUGGCUUGGCGCCGCUUGGCUUUGUCCUCCGCGGUGGUGGGGAGAGGCAGGAUAGAAUGCUUUCCCCAAGCCUACAGUAAUUGCAGCAGCAGCAGCGUGGAGAGGCAGGGAUCCUGAUUAGGCCACAUUGCUAACUCCCGCUUUAAGUUCUUUCCCAAAAAGCCAAAGAAUAUGUGCCAUCGCUCCAAAAUGAUGGGUGUACCCAAGGCGCUGCUGCCAUACCUUUGGCUCGUAGGACUUCCCACCAGAGUAUGCUUGGCGGAAGUGACUUCAUCGCCGCCGGCAGGUUGCGGCAAGGACUUGCCGUCCAUCUAUUACAACCUGUGCGACCUGUCGUCAGCCUGGGGCGUCGUGCUGGAGGCGGUAGCCGCCUUCGGUGUCGUGACCACCUUUGUCCUCACCGUCGUCCUUGUGGCCAGCGUUCCGUUUGUCCAGGACUAUCGGAAGAAAAGCUUGAUAGGGACACAAGCCUUCCUGUUGUUUGGCACCUUUGGGCUCUUCUGCUUGACAUUUGCCUUCAUCGUAAACAAAGAUUUUUCAACGUGCACCUCGCGACGCUUCCUCUUUGGCGUCCUCUUCGCCGUGUGCUUCUCUUGCCUGGCGGCACAUUCCCUCAGCCUCAAUUUCCUCGCCCGGCGGAACCACGGGCCCCGGGGUUGGGUCACCUUUGGCAUGGCCCUGCUCCUCGUCUUGGUGGAGGUCAUUAUCAACGCCGAGUGGCUCAUCAUCACUGUGGUGAGGAGCGACGAUUCGCCCAAGGACCCCUGCCGGGUGAAGAACGAAGACUUUGUCAUGGCGCUGAUCUACGUCAUGUUCCUGCAAGUGCUUGCCUUCGUGGCCUCGUGGCCUGUCUUGUGUGGACGUUACAAGCACUGGAGGAAGCACGCCGUCUUUCUCCUGCUCACCACCUCCCUCUCUAUGGCCAUCUGGGUUGUGUGGAUUGUGAUGUACAUUUACGGCAACCAGCAGGAAGGAGGCCAAGCCUGGGACGACCCCACGUUGGCCAUUGCUCUCGUCUCCAACGCCUGCGUCUUUAUUUUCUUCUACGUCAUCCCAGAGAUCUCCCAAGUGAUCCGGCCGGGACCGGAGCAAAUCUACGAGGAAGAUGUCUACCCCACCCGGGGAGUGGGAUAUGAAACCAUCCUCAAGGAACAGAAAUCCCAGAGCAUGUUUGUGGAGAACAAGGCCUUCUCAAUGGACGAACCUUCUUCAGCCAAAAAACCUGUGUCUCCAUACAGCGGAUACAACGGGCAGCUGCUGACGAGUGUGUACCAGCCUACAGAGAUGGCUCUCAUGCACAAGGGGCCUUCCGAGGGCCCCUAUGAUGUCAUCCUCCCUCGCGCCACAGCCAACAGUCAAGUGAUGGGCAGUGCCAAUUCUACACUGCGUGCUGAGGAUGCCUACAUUUCACAGAACAAGCAGGCAGGUGCACAGAAAGAUGGAAAGAGCGGGCAGGCUUCAUCUCCUUACAGCAAGAGCAGGUGGUAGAAGCCAAAGUCUUUGAUUUCAGAAGGUCCUGUUCCUCGAGGAUGCCUUGCGAAACCUGCCUUUGCGAAGGAGCAUCUAAUGAGACUUGGCCUCAGUUAGCCAUUGAGAUUUCAUUCUGGCAGUGGAGACAAGGCAAUUUCUUAUUGUUACACAUAACUCCAAGUGCUCUGCUUGACCUCUGCUAUAGAAAAUCUGGGUUGCCGUACUGGGAUACACCUGUGGCUUGUUUGUUUUUUUAAAAAAAAUUCUGGACAGCAGGACUUCCUUGGAGCCUUCAAUCAAGUUCUUCUUAGUGCCACCUCUGCAGUACAACUAGCCAGCAUUUCAGGACCCUCUUUCCUAUUUUUUUUUUGUUAAACACGCCACACCAUUCAUGGACCACGUAGACUUUGCUGUGAGUGUCUCACAUUCUUCUGCAAUGCUACCUGUUUUUUACGCUGUACAAAUCCGCCUUUCCUUGUACUGAGAGAGGAUCUUGUCUAGGCCACAACUUGGCCUCCUGGUGGAUGACUGAGUUGCUGCCCCUACCUUGCACCCCGUUGCCAAAUCCCACAAGGGCGUGCUUCAGAACCGAGAAGGGUCCUGCUCUUCCGAUUCUUCCUUCAAUGGAGGCCAUGUAGAUGCUAGUCCUUCCGCGGAGAAAAACUUUGUCAAGUGUAGAAAGAACUCUCUCGUAGCCCUUCUGCUUUUGGACCAACCCUGGAGGUGCAACAGAUAUUAUGCCUGUCCCAGAAUCCUGAUUGCUCCUGACCUGCUGCCUCUCCGCCCCCUCAGGGCAACACAAAAUGAAGGCCGCAUAAGGAUUUUAUAACGCUUGGUGCUUAGCUCUGGGUGCCAAGGUGCAUGAGGGGGGGGGGGUUGCAGUUCUGCCUUAUUUUGCAGGCAGCAUCUCGGAUGUCUGUGACGACUGUGUUUUGGGGGUAUUUGUGAGUUCUCGGUGCCACCCAUUGAACAUACAGGAGGUGCCAACUGAUGGGGAAAGUUAAAGGAGACAGAUAGGACACAGAGUGAGAGUUGUGGGAGAUCCAUGGCAUUUGCUGUUCCCUGUCAGUUCCCCUCCUAGUUCUGCCCCCCCAGCACAAGCUCACUGGACCCCUGAGUGAGAUUCGCAAAGCGAUAACCUCAGUUACAUAGCAGAUACGUAAGUUCAUCCCCACAGAAAGGAGAGACAGAGGGGAGAUGGAAUUAUAAAGUGAAGCCAGAGGCUCUAGCGGUGCAGGAGAAUGGGGAGUGUUCCAUGCCCAAAGGUGCCGUAUUUCCACAGGAGUUUCAAAGGAUAAAGCUUUGGAAGUCUUGGGCUGCAGAGCUCAUCACAGGACAGCAAUUGCCUCUCUUUAGUUUUAUUCAUACUUCACUCCUCAUCUGCUGAGAAUGGGCCGCACCUGCUCUGAAUCUCCUGCCUAAAAUUCUCUUGGCUUUUGUGCCAUGCGCAUUAUAAAGUGACCCCCCCUUUCUCUUGCAUUGUUAGGCAAUCUGUCUCCCUUAAUAACAACCCUAUAAUCCCCUUGCCUUCUCUCUGUAUGUAUAUCUUGCAAAAGUGGGCUUUGACCCAUGAGAGCUUUGUGCUGCAAUAAACAGUUACAGUACAAACCUCACCACAUUAAAAAAAAAAGUCCCUCUGAGCUCAGUGGGGCUUACUCCCAGGUAAGUGGUGCCAGGAUCUCAGCCUUAGUCUUUUAAGGGGCCACCACCCACAUGCUGCCCGCGCACUGCUCUGUGUCAGUUCUGUUGGGCUAUGGCCUGACUUUUAUCUUGGUACAUUUAGCAUCCUGAGGCUCCACCACCUUUUAUCUCCCCUUCCUUGUUCUCACUUUGGAGAGAGGGGAAAGAGGUGCUUUUUUCUCUCCGAUACAUGAGGUAGACGCAGCUGUUCUGUGGGCCUGGUUGGGAGGAAGGGUUUGAAGAAAUGGACAUGCAGAAAGUGCUAGCUACACACUCCCGGCAAUGCCUUUUUACCUGGCCUCUGCUUUCCGAGAGUGGGUCUACUCAGUGCCUUUUUGUAGAUGGGCCUCCCUUUUAUCUUAAGCCCUCUCUACAAUGGCAGGAGAGGGAUCAUAUCCAGCUUUUAGAAUCUGCCCGCCCUACCACUUUGUGCUCAAAAAUACGAAUUUAUGCUCACUGAAGCCAAGGCUAGUCAUGAAGAGCCUCGCACUGAGCCAUGAUUUCUGGCCAGCCUUACUGAGAAUGAUGUUCUGCGCCUUGCUGUCGUAUGUGUGUAUUUGGGUGAGUUAUCCUCUAUAUAGUUAAUGCAGUGUGAUUUUUUUUUGUUUUAAAUCUGGCUGUGAGUGAAUGGCAGGAAGAACUCAGGAGGAGGGCCGUGUGUGCGACUGUUGUGUUUUAAUCCAAGUGUUAUUUAAGUGGGGGUCGGGGGAGGCAGUGUGUGUCCUUUUUAGGACUGGCUUUUUUUAGCCCAGAGUUCUCUGACAAAUUAAAUCGGUUUUGUUUUUUUCCUAA